UUUCAAAGACUUGCUCUGCUGAUAAGGACUUGUGUUCAAAGCUGAGGAGCUAAGCCACUUGCCAAAAUGUGCAAAGGACUUGCAGCCUUGCCCCACUCAUGCCUGGAAAGCUGACCCCUGAACCACUCGAGGGUUAUGGGUACCAACCUCCUUGGAAUGAAAAAUCCACUGGCUCCUCUGGAUCCAUGGUUCUGCCUCUUUGCUGACUCAACCAACUGCUGAUGGGCCAAGGAGAUUAAGAUCAAGUUGGGAAUUCUCCUCCAAAAGCCGGAAUCUGCCAUUGACCUUAUCAUUCCAUACAAUGAGAAGCCGGAGAAGCCAGCCAAGACCCAGAAACCCUCGCUGGACGAGGCCCUGCAGUGGCGUGAUUCCCUGGACAAGCUCCUGCAGAAUAAUUAUGGACUUGCCAGCUUCAAAAGUUUCCUGAAGUCUGAAUUCAGUGAGGAGAAUCUUGAGUUCUGGAUGGCCUGUGAAGAUUACAAGAAGAUCAAGUCCCCUGUCAAGAUGGCUGAGACAGCAAAGAAAAUUUAUGAAGAAUUCAUCCAAGCGGAAGCUCCUAAAGAGGUGAAUAUUGAUCACUUCACGAAGGAAAUCACAGUGAAGAAUUUGGUGGAGCCUUCCCCAAGUAGCUUUGACGUGGCCCAGAAAAGAAUCCAUGCUCUGAUGGAGAAGGAUUCGCUGCCUCGCUUUGUGCGCUCUGAAUUUUAUCAGGAGUUCAUCAAGUAGCAAUGCAGUCAGGCUGUGAGAAUCAUCCUGAGAGUUAUUUUGUCCAUAAUCACCCUGCGUUUUCCAGAAACCCACAUAUCUUCCUAUAGCAGCUUGCUCCAAGAUUCUGAGAUGGAAAGCCCCAGGGAGGGUUGCUUACUCUUUUGCCCACAUUGUUUUGGAUGAUUAUCUAUUGCCCCAAUGUCUUCCUUUUCCAGUUUCCCCUUCCUGCCCCUGUUCUCAUUUAAGCUCUACUUUGUAGAUUGUUGUGAAACUCAGAACAACAGAAAAACUCUACUUAGGGAAACAUAAAGCAGAAAUAUGAUAUCGUUGAAUGUGGUUCCACUUGGUAAUGGAUUGCCAUCUAAAUUGGAAUGAAAAAGAAUAUGGAUAUGGAAAAACCAAUUUCAAGUGAGAUUAAUUGAUCUCAUUUGUUGUUUUAAUUCUGAUCCAGGGAGGCCACUCAUUAUUUUCUGAAUUUGGUUAGUAAAAUGUGGUAGGCAUUUUAUGAGGCAACCAUUAUUUGAUUUUUUUAAGCAAAUACAUCGUUCAAAACAUCGGUCUUCCUUUGAGACCAUUUUUGUGUUAACUAGAGAUUAUAAACAAGAGAUACAGCCAAGAAUAUAUUGUGUUUAUAUAAAAUCAAUCUGAACACAAUCCAUGGGGCUUCUUAUAAUUCCCUCAGACCUUCCCACACAUAAAGUUACCAAAUUCUGUAUUAAACAGUGACCUAAGAUCGCCAGUGGACUACUUUAUAAAUGUAUCUAUGCCUCUAACAUGUAGGCCCAAGGUUUAAAUUUUCAAAUUAGUUAAAAUUUGUGUGAGUGCAAAAUUCCAAAAUUGCUAACUCCAAUCAUGUAAAAUAAAAACGUGCUGCUCAUUGCAGCGGUCUUCCUCCUCAAUACCAAGAGGGCUGUAUACUACAAGGGAGAAAUCUUGUCCAACCUAACAGGGGUAGUUGUCCGAUGGUGCCAUCAGUUUCUUAAGUACAGGAUGAUUAUCUUCAAAAUAGCUAAUUAUCUUCAGAAAACUUAAUUUGACUAAAUGCAGAGACUUUCUGAGUGAGAUAGAGUUUUACAGUACCCUGCAUUUUGCAAAAUGAUCUGACCUUCUAGCAACUGCUCAUUCCCCUCCUUAUUUUACUCACCAUAGUAAUGAAUUGUAUUAUAGUCAAAACACACAUUUAUACCCCAACAUGCCUUCAGUUCAGUUCAGUCACCCAGUUGUGUCCGACUCUUUGCGACCCCAUGAAUCGCAGCACGCCAGGCCUCCCUGUCCAUCACCAGUAACAUGCCUUACAUAUAGCCAAUUUUUAGUAGGUUUAAACUUUUAAUGCUGUAUUUCAUUAUUAUAAGUCUUACUAGCAUUUUUUAUUAUCUUUAGUAGAUUUGACUAAGCAAUACAUAAUCUAGUAAUAAAGAGACCAACUGUGUAUGAGGGUAACCAAGUGAGGAUAGAGAGUUAAUUAAAAAAGUGAUUUUUAAGGGAUUAAUAAACAUCUUAAAUGUUUAAGUAGAAGAUUACAUUGUUUAGUCUUGUAUUUCCUCCUUUUGUUUCUUUCUUUCAUUUACAAAACUCCUAGUUUCACAUGUCUGUAACCUAUUAAUUCAGUUAUUCACUAAGAAUAUUGAAAGUAAAGCAACUAUAUGACUGUAUUCUUGGAGUAAACACUGACUACAUUUGUUGGGUUUUUCUUAUUUUUGUUAUUUCAAAGACUAAUGUGCCCUUUCUGAAUACUUGCCAUUUCAAACUCUGAAAAUGGGUUGGAGUGACUGGGUCUAGUGCCAACAAUUGCUAGUCUGGUAUGAGUUCAUUCAUAUGUGUCAAUAUUGCUCACUUCAAAGAAACUCCAUUGUCAAGAGGUUGACAGGCCAGGUCAACACUGUGAGCAUGAAAGAUAAGUUCUCACCGUGUCUACUAGUGUAGGACUGACAAGCAAUUCACAAGAAUUCCCAGCACGACCUUUCUCAGCAUCUGUCUAUGCUGCCCCAAAUGGGUAUAAAACCACCAAUCCUAUACUUGCUCAAGCAGCUAGAAAAUGUAAGAACCAAAGAAUCUAGGUUUUUUCUGAGAUGCUUAAACAUUUUUAAGAAAAAUUUUGAUGUCAUUAAAAUAUCAAAUCUUUUAUUCAUAUCAUUUGAAAUAACCAAAUGUUUACAAAUACCCAGAGAAUUGACUAGAGACUAGAAAGUUCACCAAGAUGGUUGAUGUUACAAAGACUCAAGCUUACCGUAUUCACAAAUUGACUGCACAUCCUAUGUAAGUGGGUAGACUUGUCAGUGGAGGAUAAAAAGGGCCUUUGCCUUUUCAUAAGCUGAAAACACAGGAGGCAGAAAAAGCAGGAAAAGCACCAGGAGGGCAGAGCUGUGAAGGCUACAAGAAGCGCGAAUGCCUUGCAGUCAACUGGUGACAUGUAAUAUAUAUAUAUGUGAACAUGAUUUUAAAUUUAAAGCAGUAUGAACACACACAUUAGACACUCUUCUAAGUAAAAAUUAAAAGGAAUAUAAAUAUCACAGCCCCAAAUGAAAGAGCAAGCGUAUAAACAUCUCCCUAGAAAGUUCUUUGACAUAUUUUGAGAGUACUUUUAAACGUAGAAGAGAAAAAACUGAACUACCAAAAAUUUCCAUGGUAAAACAAACAAAAUAGCAUUCUUUUAGAUUUUGGGAAGUUGGGAAAAUUGGGGUGAUCUUUCCAGAAAAAGAAUGUGUAAUGUCUGUUUAUCACUUCCUUUCCCUCCUCCCCCUCCUCCGCAAUCUCCCUAGAGUAAAUUGCCUGGUAAAGUAUGAAGCUCAGUGGAGAAGCCCUUGGCGCUGAUAUGUUCCUCCCUGGAGAAAAUGUAACACAGUCCUGUGUAGAUCUGGGAUGUAGAGAGGUGGUCAAUGGGAACAGGAGUACAUGCUUCUCAUCUUUGAGAGAAACCCAAGGUUAGGGAGGCCGGGUAGCCCCCAUGCCCUGUCUCUCUGCUUGUGUUUGAUAUAGUUUGAGCUUGGCAUCAGAUUAGUAUCCAAAUUUGACCAGAACAAAGAGGAAGACUAUCUAUUCUGGAAUAAGUUAGGAGGCUGUGUUCCAUGUUUAUCUGCUAACGCAGUGCUUGUUCAUAUGAGCAACCACCAACACACACACACACACCUUCUGAAAUGUAGAACUGAUGUGUUUCAGUAAUUUUGCUUUCAAAUCAGUAGAAGCAAAUUUAUAAACACAUUUUGUGCCCCACUCCCAAAACCACCCAUGUACUCAUUCUCUACUGUACAAAUUACGCUUUAAGCAUAUUUCAGGUUUUAGUGCAUAAAGAGAAGAAUUUGUUAAAGAAAUUGUUUUUAUUUUUGCCUUCUAUAGAGCCAUUGAUUUUGUUUGGUUGUUGUUCUCUGUAUACACCCCCUUUCAACAGAGUGGAGUUAUUAUUAUUUCACAAAGUAUAACAAAUCAAUUGGUAAACUAAUAAACAUUCUUUGUCGGGGAUUUUUCAAUCUAUCUGUCCCAUCACAAAUUUGAUAAUUUGAGAAUCAUUUCAAAGGCUAUUUAUAUUUCAGGGAAAUGACUUUUACCCUUGAAAUCAUUCCUUCUAGUAGUCAUUUUCUUUGUUUCCCAGUAAUUUAGCAAGUUUGGUACAAAUAGGGUCAUGAGAAAAGAAAGGGGGGAAAGGAGGAGUGAGAAGUGGUGAAGAAGUAAGUGCCUAGACUUACCUACAAGGUGAGUCCAUUCAGUAGAAAACAUUUAAGAGCAACUCCACUUGAUUGAAAAUCAAAUAACUUUUUGGUGUCACCACCAAGAUUGGCAGGAAGGCAUUUCUUUAGUAACAAUGAAGCUAGAUGUGAAACUCCAUUUUAAAAUCCUAGGAAGUUUGGAUUAGAUAAAAGAAGAAACACGGAGGCCAUCCUUUCCCCAGUGGGUUUGCAUGUGCCAGAGAGCAGAGCAUGGAGAACUCAGUUUCUAAUAUCUGAAUGUCCAAACCCAAGGGCCAGACAACUCUCUGUAGGUUCUGGACAUGAGGUCUUAUUAUAUCUCGGUUUAUGGGUUUUCCAGUCUCUCCAUUCUAUUAGACAAGUGUGUGUUUAAUAGUUGCUUUGGACAAGGCUCCUUAACAAUUUAGCAACUACUCCCUGUGUUAAAUGUAUUUUCACCCAAACAGGUCAUGUGGCAGAUCAGAGCAAUAGAUAUUAAAAGAAAGGCUUCCCCCAACAUCCUGUAACCGAAAAGAUCAAGUCUUCCAACUAAGAUACUAAUAGCUUUGAAUGGAAACUCACAGCAGACAGUAAAGGGAAAAAGACAGAUAACCAAACUUUGGAAUAUUAUCCUCACCUCACAGUUUAACAAUAAUUUUAUCUUCUAGUAGAGAAGCUAAAAAUUCACUCAACAUUUAUAUCUAGUUUGAUAAGUCUCUUGUUUUCUCACCUGAGAAAAUUUUCCUUUCUCUUUCACACCUAUGUCUCCAUUUCUCUUCUCCUCCGGCAUGAGGAUACAUUCAAAAUAAUUGAGUCUAACCACAUUUAUCUAAUAACGAAUACAAUUAAAGCAUUUAACUCCCUAUCUAGAAACAUGUAUAAACUAAGGCAUAAACAAAACAAUGGGAAAUGUUGCAAAUUUUUCCAAUGGAGAGAAGUAAUCUGGAUAAUUUUUUGCCAAAAGUUCUUUUCAUAUUACAUGUUAUUAGAAUUUGGGGGACUGAGUUUUUUUUAAGACUGCUACAACUUGUAACUCAUCUUCAGGAGACCAGCCUGGAGAAAAGAGUGGAAAUGAAAGUUUGGAAAUCCAUUCAUCAGCAUGUAUCCCAUGUUUUUCAUUUAGGAACAAUUGUGUUUAUCUUCAAAUUUUGUAUCCAAAGUGUUGUGUACUCUGUAACUCAUACUACUUGAUAAAGCACCAAAUAUGUAUCUGUAACCACAAUCACAUUUAUUAUAUUAAAUAUGUAUCUAUAUAACAA